UGUGAAUUUCUUUGUUUCUGAUAUGGAUGCUUAUAAGAGGUGGGUUAGGCGGAACAAGGAGUAUGUGCACUCGUUGGAGUCUCUAGCCAAUGGAAUGACAUGGCUUCUUCCUGAACGGUUUUCUGAUUCAGAGAUAGGACCAGAAGCAGGUUUUGUGAAAUUUUGGAUGGGGAAAAACCAGAAGAUGAUGGCACUAAGUGAGAGUGAUGAUGUGGAUUAUGAACUUGGCAAAUUCGAGACUAGACCUUUCUUUGUUGGCAACGUGGGGAAGGGGAUUGUAUGUGGGUAGUGAUUGGUUGGCGUUUGAGGAAGAAGUUUUUGACAAAGAUGAUGAGAAGCACUCAGAGACUCUCAUUGUGCUUGACCACGUGUGCAUCUUCUAUUCCUCUUGGCUUGAGAGAGAUUAGCUUGGAAAGUAUUUUGCUUUGUACUCUUCCUGGGUUGAAGCACUAGUCCCAAUGACAGUUUUGUUAAAAUUUCAACCACACGUAGCCCCAUUCAAAAUCAUCCAAGCCACCACAUAUCACAUUAACCACCAUACAUGACCUGAAUCUCCUUAAUUCCAGCCAAACCCACACCCAAACAUGCCGCCAACAGCCACUAUCAAUAUUCACCAAACCACUUCACAGUUGCGAACUUUACACAUCCAUUUCAAUGCCGGUCAGCCUGGUCCUGAGGGGCCAAGGAUAGGGAAAAGGAGAGAAUGAUUUUCUGAUUUUUUGAAGAAGGGGAAACUGCGUCGUUUUAUGCUGCAAAUGCUUUUCCUCUUAAUAAGCCUGGAAAAAAAUGAUUCUUUAAAUUCAAAAUUUAUAUUAAAAGGGGUGUCAUGGACACCAAAGGAAGGGCUUAAAUCACUUGAAGACCCUAAUUGGCAGGAAUUCACAUAAAGGGCCAAAUUGACAACUCAUGUAAAACUUAAAGGGACUUAAUUGUUAUUGAACCCUGUUUUCUUUGUGCUAUAUACUGAUUGGUGCUUUGUUAAACAAUUUGGUGAUCUUCUGCAGUAACUACUAUUUUGGGCAUAAUCACUGCUAUCAAUGAACAUAUCAUUGAUACGGCUCCUGCUCCAAUGCACAGAGGCUCUGCGGAGCCUUAUUCAUUUCCUUAUCCAUUAUGUAUAUCUGCGCUGAAGGACUUGGAAACAUUAAUUGAAGUUGUGGCACAACAUUACUAUGGAGAUGAUAAGAAAUGGAAUUUCAUUGCUAUUACAGAGGCUUCCAAGGUGCUAGUUAGGUUAGCCUUGUUUUGGAACAGUGGAUAUAAGAUGCUUCUGCAUGGAGGGGAGACACCAAACAUCGACAAGCAGCCAGAUGCCUUCAGUUCUCAACAUGAAAAUGGUGGUUUCGCAAAGCCUGGAGGGCAGAGUGAGUCAGAUUACUUAAUGAACAAUCAUGCACAGAAUCUAGAAGGAAGAGCACUGUCUGCAUUAAACAGGUUCGGAGAAAAUGCUAGGAUGGUUUCAGAGCCAGUAUGGUUGCGCAGGGUUCAACAACAACAUGCUAUAAUGGAGCCUCCAAGAUCAGUGGUUCAGAGGCCAACCAUUUCCACCAUAUUGUCUGAAAAGGGUCUUCAUGGGGCUUUAUUUCUAGCAGGGGAAAUGCUAUUUAUCACAAGACCACUAAUUUAUGUUUUAUUUAUCCGGAAGUAUGGAAUCAGGUCAUGGAUUCCUUGGUUGCUUUCUCUGACUGUGGACUUCGUUGGGAUGGGCAUUCUCUCAAAAGUUACAGAGUCGAGCAGUCUUAGAAAAGAGCAACAGUUUCAUCUUUCAAUCUCUGAAAAGAAUGAGGUUAAAAGAAGGAAGCUGUUAUUGGCGCUUUACCUUAUGAGAGAUCCUUUCUUUAGCACGUAUACUAGGCAAAAACUUGAAAGCACCAGGAACGUCUUGGAACCUGUACCUAUCAUUGGAUUUCUUUCAGAGAAAAUAGUUGAUCUUAUUACUGGAGCCCAAACACGAUACACUUACAUGUCAGGAUCAUAAGAUGGAAGCACCAACUAGUUACCCUUCUUACGGUCCUAUAUUUUUAGGACCUAUUACCCAGAAGGAACAAAAGCAACAAAAGAACAAUUUUUGGAUGAAGUAAUCCUCCAAAAUACAAUUUGAAAAGCACUAGGGUGAGCUUUGGUGUCUCACACUCUUGCUUUGGUUCAAAAUUUUGUCCCCUCUGAUUUGGCCACUGGUGAUAGCUUAGAUCCUCACAGAUGUUUUCUUGCGAGUUCCUUAUUUUUUAUUGUUAUUUUAUUUUCAGGCCAGAACAUAAGUUGGUUUUUUUUUUUUUUUUUAGGGGGUAAAGUUUUCUUGAUCCACUGUCAAUUUGAACAGUAUAUUUAUUAUGAGUCUGGAAAAUCCAUGUACAAGUUUGGAUGGAGGAUGUACCUGAGUUUUGGAUGUUGUAAUUCAACAUGACAUCAUUCGUUACUUGUCUUACUUCUCAAUAGUGUAGUACAAUUGGUUUUCGAAUA